AUGAGGGAAGAAAUUACUAAAUAUAUAAAUGAAUGUACAAUUUGUGGACAAACUAAAUAUGAUAGAAAUCCAAUUAGACCACAGUUUAACAUAGUACCACCUGCAACAAAGCCUUUUGAGAUAGUUCAUAUGGACCUAUUCACAGCGCAAGCUGAAAAAUAUCUUACCUUUGUAGAUUCUUUUUCAAAAUACGGCCAAGCAUAUCACUUACGAGAUGGUACAGCUAUAAGUAUCAUUCAAGGUCUAUUACAUUUCAGUACUCAUCAUGGACUACCUUUGACUAUUGUGACAGAUAACGGGACUGAGUUCACUAAUCAACUUUUCGCAGAAUUUGUUAGACUUCAUAAGAUUAAUCAUCAUAGAACACUAGCUCAUUCGCCUAAUGACAACGGAAUUAUUGAAAGAUUCCAUUCUUCCUUACUAGAACACCUUCGUAUCCUUUGCCUGAAAAAUAAAGAUGAACCCACGAUAAAUCAAAUACCUUAUGCAAUCCUAGCUUAUAACAGUUCAGUACAUAGUUUCACCAAAUGUAGACCACACGAUAUCAUUAGAGGUCAUUUUGAUCCUAGAGACCCUUUAGAUCUUAAUUUAGCUGAACACCUUAUGCAACAAUAUAUUAUAACUCAUAGAGACCAAAUGAAGACAGUAUAUGAAAUGAUUAGCGAAGCUACAACUAUUGACCGUACGAAUUUAAUGACUAAUAGAAAUAAAAAUCGUGAGCCAGAAACUGAAUAUGUACCCGAUCAGCAGGUUUUUAUUAAGAACCCCUUAGCUAGUAGACAGAAGUUAGCACCACGAUACACUCACGACACAGUUCUUGCAGAUCUUCCCAUACACAUUUACACUUCAAAGAAAAAGGGACCUGUUGCUAAAUCUCGCUUGAAACGUGUACCAAAGACAUCAAAAUUGUUACAGGUACCGACUAAUACUGAAAUUGACAAUGACGAAGGCAGCAGAAAUAAAACUUUACUUAAUUUUUAG